AUACACACAAUCACACCAACACCACUAAUAAUAAGAGCUCAAACAUAUCCUGAACAACACAAACCCAAGCCUGCCUUAUUCUUACCAUCUCCAUGAAACAAAAACGUUUAACCACUGCCACUCGUCAUGAUCAUCAUCAAGAAGAACCCCCCAGCAAAGUUAGGGCAACUGCUUACCACUGGGGCAACAGUUAUGACACCCAAUCCCAUAUGGAGGCCUUCCUGCUAAAGGGUACUGCGGCAGAAGGAGGAGGGGUGUGUGAUGAGCUGGAGGAAGGCGGUCUCCUCCUGCGGGAGCCGCCACUCGCGGAGGAGGGUGCCGGAAGGGAGCGGCUGCAGAGGCAUAGACAUGAGGUGGCCGGGCGCGUUUGGAUCCCGGAGAUGUGGGGCCAGGAGGAGUUUCUCAAGGACUGGAUCGACUCUUGUACUUUUGAUGCUUCCUGGGUGAAUGCCAACAUAAUCUUAGCUCGUACGGCUUUGGUGGAGACAGCUCGUAGAACGCCACCGCCGCCUCAUCCAACUCCGGCCAGAUUAAGAAUAGAUAGCACUUGCUUUCCUGUUCCGUGAUGAUUAUUACUCCAUAGUUCCCUAUUGUCUCCAUCUCAAAUAAACUUCAACCAUUUUAAUUUUAUAUCGCUUUUUUCCAUUAUUCCAUACAUAUCUUGUACAAUAUCCAUUAUUUUUUAUAGGGUUAAUUGUCAAAAUAGAACUAAAAGUUAGUCACUUUGCA